UGCAGCCUCACGCUUAGACGGGCACAAGGGCCGCCCCCCGCGCCCCGCCGCCGCCGCAGGAUCCCGGCAGCAGCUCCGCGCCCGGCCCCGCUCAAACUCGCCGCUCCCGCCCGCUCCGCCGAGGCGCUCCGGCGGGCCGCGGCCGGCCGACUCCGCGCCGCGGGAGGCUCGGGAGCCGCCGCAGCCCGGAGAGGGGGCGGAGGUGGGGGAGCGGGGGGGAAGCGGCACAAAGUGAAGCCACAUUGCCAAACUUGCCCGGCGAUUGCAGCAUCGAGCGGCGGCGGCGCCCUGCGUGUGCGGCUCAGCGGCGGGGACCCAGCUCUGCAGCUCCCCUCCCGGGAAGCGGGAGCUGGAGGAAGGAUCCGGGCAGACGCCUCUCAUAGCAAUAUCUAUAUUUUUCCAGCCUGGGCUGCCCCUUGCCGGGCGGGGGGCUCCCUCCAGCCGGCGAGAGGGCGAGCGCUGUGCUUAUUUCUUUGCAAGAAGAUCUCCUCAGGCACCCCGAGCGGCGCUCCCCGGCCUUUUGCAAUAUAGAGGGGAAGCAGGCCAUGGUGAACCCCGGCGGCAGCGCGCAGCCGCCCCCGGUCACGGCGGGCUCCCUCUCCUGGAAGAGGUGCGCCGGCUGCGGGGGGAAGAUCGCCGACCGCUUCCUGCUCUACGCCAUGGACAGCUACUGGCACAGCCGCUGCCUCAAGUGCUCCUGCUGCCAGGCCCAGCUGGGGGACAUCGGCACCUCCUGCUACACCAAGAGCGGGAUGAUUCUCUGCAGAAACGACUACAUCAGGUUAUUUGGAAAUAGUGGUGCUUGCAGUGCCUGUGGACAGUCCAUUCCUGCUAGUGAGCUGGUCAUGAGGGCACAGGGCAAUGUCUAUCAUCUUAAGUGUUUUACAUGCUCUACCUGCCGGAAUCGCCUGGUCCCCGGAGAUCGGUUUCACUACAUCAAUGGCAGUUUAUUUUGUGAACAUGAUAGACCUACAGCUCUCAUCAAUGGCCAUUUGAAUUCACUUCAGAGUAAUCCACUACUGCCAGACCAGAAGGUCUGCUAAAAGGUCAGAGUAAUGCAGAAUGCGUGCCUUCAUCUCAAAUUUUGUUCAUCACAGAUGGAUCCCAUGUCUCCAAGUAGACAAGUCACCUUUGUAGCUAGCAUCAAUGCCAGCUCCAUACCAUUGCACCUUCUUUAUUCUUGAUUGCCCUUCCCACAUUUAUUGGUGUAUUAAAAUGACUGAAUAUGAACAUUAAGGACUCCAUGAACCUGGGCUAAUGGGAGACUUUAGAGAAAAUGAAAAAAGAUCCACCGGAGGACAUCUUG